UCUUUAGGAAAAUCUCCACACACUCCUGCUGAUACUGGAUCAAAGAUGUACCACUGUGCAGAUUGUGGAAAGGGUUUUACCCAAAAUAGUUCUCUCAAAACUCACCAGCGCAUUCACACAGGAGAGAGCCUAUAUCACUGUGAACAGUGUGGAAAGAGUUUUACCAGUGACUGUCAUUUCCAAAGACACCAGCGCAUUCACACAGGAGAGAGGCCGUAUCAUUGUGAACAGUGUGGGAAGAGUUUUUACCGUAACAGUCAUCUCCAAAGACACCAGCGCAUUCACACAGGAGAGAGGCCGUAUCAUUGUGAACAGUGUGGGAAGAGUUUUUACCGUAACAGUCAUCUCCAAAGACACCAGCGCAUUCACACAGGAGAGAGGCCGUAUCACUGUGAACAGUGUGGGAAAUGUUUUGCUUCUCAGACUACUCUCAAGCAGCACCAGCGCAUUCACACAGGAGAGAGGCCGUAUCACUGUGCAGAUUGUGGAAAGGGUUUUACCCAACAUGGUUCUCUCAAAACUCACCAGCGCAUUCACACAGGAGAAAAGCCGUAUCACUGUGAACAGUGUGGAAAGAGUUUUACUUCUCAGACUACUCUCAAGGAGCACCAGCGCAUUCAUUUAGGAGAGAGGCCGUAUCACUGUGCACAGUGUGGAAAGAGUUUUACUUCUCAGACUACUCUCAAGGAGCACCAGCGCAUUCAUUUAGGAGAGAGGCCGUAUCACUGUGCACAGUGUGGAAAGAGUUUUACUUCUCAGACUACUCUUAAGCGGCACCAGCGCCUUCACACAGGAGAGAGGCCCUAUCACUGUAAGCAGUGUGGGAAGAGUUUUACCCGUGACAAUCAUCUUCAAAGACACCAGCGCAUUCACACAGGAGAGAGGCCAUAUCACUGUGAACAGUGUGGGAAGAGUUUCAGUGACUGCAGGAACUUCAAGUAUCACCAGCAGGGACACACAGGAAAGCAGCCAUAUCACUGUGGACAUUGUGGACGGAGUUAUACUUAUUUGAGUUCAUUUAGAAAGCACAAGUGCUCUAAGAUGAAUUCAUCAGAUCUUGAUGUCAAUUAGUCAAGUUAAAAAUCGUGAAAUUUCUUAUGGCAGUAAUGAGUCAGGAAUUUUGAAACUGUUGC